AGCCCGGGCGCAGACCUGGAGUUGACACCGGCCGCAGGGGGACAGGGACCCGCCCUGUAUACUCGGGGCCUAUGCUGGGGCGGCGGCUCGGGGCUCGUGCCAGUUACAGCCCCUACCGGGCGGGACGGCGGGGGCCACAGCAGAGAGGCCGGGACCCCGGCAUUCAGCUCACGGAGCUGCCCAGGAAGGAUGGAGUUGAUGCCGUGUUCCCUGGACCAAGCCUGGAGCCAUCUGCUGGGUCCUCCAGCACCAAGGCCACAGGCACCCUCAAGCGGCCUACCAGCCUGAGCCGCCACGCCAGUGCGGCUGGUUUCCCGCUGUCGGGUGCCGCCUCCUGGACACUGGGCCGGAGCCACCGGAGCCCGCUGACAGCUGCCAGCCCGGGCGAGCAGCCUACCGAGGGCGCCGGCCCAGACGGCGUCGAGGACAUCUCCCAUCUGCUGGCCGACGUGGCCCGCUUCGCUGAGGGCCUUGAGAAACUUAAGGAGUGUGUGUUGCAUGACGACCUCCUUGAGGCCCGCCGCCCGCUGGCCCACGAGUGCCUGGGUGAGGCCCUGCGUGUCAUGCGUCAGAUCAUCUCCAAGUACCCGCUGCUGAACACCGUGGAGACGCUCACGGCAGCCGGCACCCUCAUUGCCAAGGUCAAAGCCUUCCAUUACGAGAGCAACAAUGAUCUGGAGAAACAAGAGUUUGAGAAGGCCCUGGAGACGAUUGCUGUGGCCUUCAGUAGCACAGUGUCCGAGUUCCUCAUGGGUGAAGUGGACAGCAGCACCCUCCUAGCAGUGCCUCCCGGGGACUCGAGCCAGUCCAUGGAAAGCCUGUACGGACCGGGCAGUGAGGGUACCCCUCCCGGCCUUGACGACUGCGAUGCCGGCUGCCUGCCCGCCGAAGAGGUGGACGUGCUGCUGCAACGCUGUGAGGGGGGCGUGGAUGCCGCGCUCCUGUAUGCCAAGAACAUGGCCAAGUACAUGAAGGACCUCAUCAGCUAUCUGGAGAAGCGGACGACGCUGGAGAUGGAGUUUGCCAAGGGACUGCAGAAGAUCUCUCACAACUGCAGACAGAGCGUCAUGCAAGAGCCCCACAUGCCACUCCUGUCCAUCUACUCGCUGGCCCUGGAGCAGGACCUGGAGUUCGGCCACGGCAUGGUGCAGGCGGUGGGCACCUUGCAGACCCAGACCUUCAUGCAGCCCCUGACCCUGCGGCGGCUUGAACACGAGAAGCGCAGGAAGGAGAUCAAGGAGGCCUGGCACCGUCUGCAGAGCUGCCAUUUGAGCUUCUGUUCAGAGCUUAGCUGCGCCUCAGCUUCCCAGGCUGCAGAGUCCCCCGUCCUGCGUGCCCGGAAGAGCAGCUUCAACGUGAGUGAUGUGGCGGGGCCGGAGGCUGCCGGCAGCCCCCCAGAGGAAGGCAUUGAGGGCGCACCUGCCAAGGAGCGCCGGGCCGGGCGAGGACACCAGGUUCACAAGUCAUGGCCGCUCUCGAUCUCAGACUCGGACAGUGGGCUGGACACUGGCCCUGGCACAGGGGACUUUAAGAAGUUUGAGCGGACAUCAUCCAGUGGCACCAUGUCGUCCACGGAGGAGCUGGUGGACCCGGAGGGUGGAGCUGGGGCUUCAGCCUUCGAGCAGGCUGACCUCAACGGCAUGACCCCUGAGUUGCCGGUGGCUGUGCCCAGUGGGCCGUUCCGCCAUGAGGGGCUGUCCAAGGCGGCCCGUACUCACCGGCUCCGGAAGCUCCGUACACCCGCCAAGUGCCGCGAGUGCAACAGCUACGUCUACUUCCAGGGUGCUGAGUGCGAGGAGUGCUGCCUGGCCUGCCACAAGAAAUGUCUGGAGACGCUGGCCAUACAGUGCGGGCACAAGAAGCUGCAGGGCCGCCUGCAGCUGUUCGGCCAGGACUUCAGCCAGGCGGCCCGCAGCGCCCCCGACGGCGUGCCCUUCAUUGUCAAGAAGUGCGUCUGCGAGAUCGAGCGGCGGGCGCUGCGUACCAAGGGCAUCUACCGGGUCAAUGGGGUAAAGACGCGCGUGGAGAAGCUGUGCCAGGCCUUCGAGAACGGCAAGGAGCUGGUCGAGCUGUCGCAGGCCUCGCCCCACGACAUCAGCAACGUUCUCAAGCUCUACCUGCGCCAGCUUCCCGAGCCGCUCAUCUCCUUCCGCCUCUACCACGAGCUCGUGGGGCUGGCUAAGGACAGCCUGAAGGCAGAGGCCGAGGCCAAGGCGGCGUCCCGGGGCCGUCAGGACGGCUCGGAGAGCGAGGCAGUGGCGGUGGCCAUGGCAGGUCGGCUGCGGGAGCUCCUGCGGGACCUGCCGCUCGAGAACCGGGCCUCGCUGCAGUACUUGCUGCGGCACCUACGCAGGAUCGUGGAGGUGGAGCAGGACAACAAGAUGACCCCUGGGAACCUGGGCAUCGUGUUCGGGCCCACGCUGCUUCGGCCACGGCCCACCGAGGCCACCGUGUCCCUCUCCUCCCUGGUGGAUUACCCCCACCAGGCCCGCGUCAUCGAGACUCUCAUCGUCCACUAUGGGCUGGUCUUCGAGGAGGAGCCAGAGGAGACCCCCGGGGGCCAGGACGAGUCAUCCAGCCAGCGAGCUGAGGUGGUCAUCCAGGUGCCGUACCUGGAGGCGGGCGAGGGGGUGGUGUACCCCCUGCAGGAGACUGCGGAGGACGGGUGCAGAGAAUCCCGAGUUGUGUCCAACGACUCGGACUCGGACCUAGAGGAGGCCUCCGAGCUGCUGUUGUCCUCGGAGGCCAGUGCCCUGCGGCGCCUCAGCCUCCUGGAGCAGCAGCAGAGUGAGGCCAGCCUGGAGGAGGCUUCUGGUAGCCACAGCGGCAGCGAGGAGCAGCUGGAGGCCACCGCCCGGGAGGACGGGGACGAGGACGACCCGGCCCGGCAGCUCUCAGGAUUCAACACAAACCAGUCCAACAACGUGCUGCAGGCCCCACUGCCCACCAUGAGGCUCCGUGGCGGGCGGAUCGCGCUGGGUUCCUGCAGGGAGAGGCGGCCUGAGUUCGUGUGAGCUGGGGCGGGGCCGGGACCACAGGUGGCUUCUCUCUUGCCUGCUCCUGUCCCUCCAG